GCAAAAAGUGACACAAGAACUCCCUGCUUCCAAUGUUCUGCGUGAGUUGUACCAAGAGCCGGACCUGCGCUGUGCAGACAUUUUUUGUUUCACUUGCAUGCUUCACCUUGUGGAGUUUACUACCCAUUUGGCGAUGCGCGGCGCCGUAAGCUGACCAGAAUCACAUGGACCAGACAUGCACCCAUUUUGGGCUUCCGUCACGUGUCCGGUGGCUUCAUGGCGUGGCAAAGGUCUUGACGUCCGACCUGAAAGCAAUGCCUGGAAUGGAGGAAGAGGCACUCACAGUCGCAGGUGAAGAGGUCAUUGACGGCAAAGGAGGACUCAAAAAGCCAGGACGAGUUCCGUCCUCGCAAUCCUCGAGAUCAAAGCAGAUCCGUCCAAAGGAUUCGAGAUCAGCGGCAAAGGCCUCCGGAGAAGGACGAGUUCCGUCCUCGCAAUCCUCGAGAUCAAAGCAGAUCCGUCCAAAGGAUUUGAGAUCAGCGGCAAAGGCCUCCGGAGAAGGCCUCGUGGAAGGCCUCGUGGUCAAGAAAGGAAAUAUCAAAAAGAAGGUGGAGAAGACCAGUCAGAGAAUCUUUGCAGCAAAAGGACAUGAGACAUGAACGAUCCGUGAUCUUUUUUUGGGAGUGGUAACAUGAAGGAAAAGGCACCCUACGAUCUCGGACCCAGCCAAGCCCUUAGACUUUCGACAGAUAUUUGGAUCCACCCACUCAUCCGACUCAACUGGGCAUCAUUGUUCUUUCGGUUCUUGAUACAAACGCGAAGAAUGGCGCAAAAGAUGUUUCGGAGAUAUUAGAGUUUUUCUUCUCGAAGGUCGGUGUCCUUUUGUUCAAGAUCCUUCUGACAGCCAGGUUUUCUUUGUUUUAUUUUCCCCCCCUACUAGUAGCACAGAAGCUACUAGGUGGAGGCCAUCGCAAGUAGGUUGGAGGCCAUCGCUACUUGUAACAAGAAGCUACUAGUAAUGUUUUAGGGUUUGGUCCAUUGAAUCGAAACCCAGGCCAUCGAAGCUUCGCUUUCCUUCCGACCAGGCGACCGGAGAUGACCGGUCGCUCCGUGGGAGACGAGGGAGACGCUGUCGCCCAGUUCCGACACGUCAUGUGAGGCAGGACGAAGCGGCCCAGUGAGGUGAAGGUGCCGAAGAAGGGCAGCGAGAGGAAGAAAGGUCCAAAGGCCGCAUUGAAGGAGGGGGCACAGCCAGAAGCCCAAGG